AAUGAGACACUGUCUGCUAUAGAGUACACGUCAAUCGGUUCAGACAAACAGCUGUGCAUCGGGCCGGUGGUUCACAUUAUCUUACGAGUGUUGUUUCUCCGCUGGAAGCAAUUUUUCCGUGUUGUCGCUUUUCAUAGGCCGAUCGGUCGCGGAAGCAGACCACAUCCAGCCACUUGUCCAAAACUGGGGCUACAACCGUGGAUCACUUUCGCGCAUGCUGUUCCGGCGGAAACGCCGUAUACUGCUGAUGUGCACCGAUCCCCGACUAUGGGACAUCAACUGCUCUCGUACAUAGAGCCCACAUCUAGCAAUAGACCCGGUUCUUCGGAUUUAUCUGUUCCACAGUACACAAUGGGAAAUGCACAAGCGCCUCCCACUGUAAACGAUCCGAAUUCGCAACAUGUGUUCCCCAAUGGCUGGCACACUGGUUUGGACAAUCUUCUUCAACGUGGUCCCCAACAUCCGGAUGAAACUUUGCUCAGCAAGACGCCUCUAUGGAUGCCCCCCAAUAACCCGGAUGUCAUACUCAAUCUACUCAGAUCCUAUCUGCUUUCGCAGUUGUGUUCCUCUCCAACCCAGCAACAAACCGAAGCUUCUCCGACAGUAAAAACAGAGGAUUCAGCUCCACACGCAGCGCAGGCGGUCUACAAAUCACAUCAGAUAAGUUGGUCAGGCGAGAAGUCGAAACAUCCCUCUGGAAGGCAGUCGCAAAACACAUUUCACGAACAUCUUCUUGUCAAUGAGCUCAAUCAGCUGCGUAAGUCGUUGGAACAACGAGGUCUGCUCAUACGUUCAGUAUCUGAUCCACAACAACAAUCGUCUUUGGGGUCGUUUGCAGAUCCCACGGGAAAUGGUUCUUGUGGCACAACUACAUCAACCGCAGGAGCUACCGGUGAAAAGACGGAAAGGACUUGUUGCAGUGCGAGCCCCGUGAGUGGUGAUCCCGUACGGUCAUUGCUAAUCGCCGGACAGGUCUGCGAUUGGCCUGGUUGUGGGGCAACCUUGGGUCAAGACAUAUCAUUUUCCGAACAUUUGAACACAAAUCAUCAGCUCUCACUUCAGUCUUUGGCUCAAGUGGAAGUCUGUGCUUCGCGGUUGGAGUUAUAUCUACGAACAGUACGUAAGGAAUCCCAACGACUGAGCGGUAUGUUGCAACAUUUAUUCAGUCAAACCGAGGCAACUGACGGCGCUCCACCAUCUCAACAGCCGCCGCCGCCACCAGCCACAUCACUACAAGCAACUACGACAAUCGCAACCCCACCAGUCUACGACGUUCGCCUAACUGACAGUAGCGUUCCAAAACAACAGCUGCUCAUGGACACUAACCACCAGGUCGUCAGACAGCAGCCACACAAACCACUGAAAUCUCUUCGUCCGGGGGAGCAAUGCAAUGGCCAUGCAAAUUCGUUUGUCCUCGAUUCACCGGUGUCUUCAGGUGGCAGUCACUAUAUGAAGCACCAGCCGGAUAAUCAAGAGGCCGCGGGAGCGUCCUCGAGACAGCAUUCACCUGUGGGGUCUGCAACGCUGUGCCAACAAUACAGCACGACAAACACUCUCCAAACCACUACGAACGGGGUGAACGUAAGGACACCGGAUCAGAUGUCUCAGGUCGCGUCUACCUCGGCCACCAUAACCUCACCCACAGUGCCCGCACCGUUACAUCAUCGUCGAAGUACAAUACACAACUUGGCCACAACUAAUUGGCCAACAGGCGGGUCCGUCGCCCCUGAACCGAUCCCAUCUGCGCCAAAUUUCACACCUCUCGUCCCGUCCCUUUCCUCCCUCCCAUUUUCCACUCAAACAGAUUGUUCUGUUCUACCCAAUCCAUUGAUACCGAACGGAUCUUCAUGUCAACGAGCGUUGCUUGCAAGCGCAGCAGCAGCAGCUCUACUCUCCACAGUGUCCAGUUUUCCCGGUCAUCUUUGCUCUCCUCUACCUUCGAUGCACGGAGUUUCCACAGUUGAGCGUUCCGGCUCACAAAUCCACCCCAACACACCAUGUUCGACCACAUGGCUUCCUCGAGUUUCCGACACUUCCUCCUCGCCUUCGUCUUCAUCCACAUCCUACUAUGGGUUUGAGAACAACAAACGGCGUUUGGAUUUCUGUCCGGACGAGAAACCACAAUCGUUUGCAUGUUUCACCAAAGAACCUGCUGCUCUAGUGAUGGAGGGUGAGUACCCGAUGGAACUGAUGGAUUCCACUGGGACGACCAAUCAGAUGAUUAAGCGGCAGCCCUCGGAAGAUGGAAUCCAAAGUACCCAAUCAAGUCUACCACCAGACAGCGACGGUGAAGGGGGCCACGGUCACGACUCGCCUCCUUCCCCUUCCAUACACAACAGCUCCAUCACGCAUCGCCAGUACUAUCGUUCCCAUUGCGCCAGACCCAGGUUCACCUACGCCACGCUGAUUCGCCAAGCGAUUUUGGAAUCUCCACGCAAGCAGCUCUCGUUAAGUGCAAUCUAUGUCUGGCUGCAAAAGGAAUUCGCCUAUUUCCGACAAAAUGAAGCUACAUGGAAGAAUGCCGUUCGGCAUAAUCUGUCGCUGCACAAAUGCUUCCGUCGCGUCGAAACCGCCUCGGGAUCUGUCUGGGUGGUUGACGAGAAUGAGUACCAACGUCGCAAGGCAAAGCGUGUCGUUCGGUGGUUCCCAACAAACGGGACUUUGGGCGCCAACGUGAAAACACAGAUUACUUUUCAUUUUGGACAGGCUGUGACAAACCGAGACAAUGACACUACAAACGACGCGGAACUGAGGACGAACCAAACAGCAGAAACAGAUUCGGAGACAGUAACAGAUACUACUUGUGCUAUGUCAUCAGGAAACCCCAUAUAUUUCAGUUCUUCGCUAGAUCAAUCCACAAGCUGUGGUCAGAAAUCACUGAAACGGGUUGUUUCACCUGGAGGACUCAUGGCCUUCCAGCACGCGACUUCAGUAUCGACACCAUCGCAAUCUUCACCGCUACUAUCCGCCCUGCUGUUACCCAGUUUGGAUAAAGACGAACCACCUGAAACUACGGAAGUCCGUUCGGUUAACUGCUUUACUAAACCGAGGAUGGGCACCGUAAACCGAACAGUGGAUGCGGAUAGUGGCUCCUUGAGGGAAUUCACCCUGGAACAUGAUGAGAGCUUACACGGUCGGCAACACUCAGCUGGACGCCAGACUAUCAAUUUUCUCAACGCAAACAUGGGUGGUGAGUCGCUGUCAACGGAUGACCGCCUGCCCGAUCUACGAGAGCAACAUCAACAGUCGUCGUUGAUUCUAAACACAGUGCGUUUAGUCAGCCCAUGACACGAAUCUUCAUACGCAAUCUACCUUUGGGCUCUUACCAGAAUUCCGCUUUGUAACUCUACUCCGGGAAGAGAGCUAUGUCUGCCUUUGAGUGUGACCGUGGUCUCAUCCAUAGCCAAAUGGAAAUAGCCCACUUUACGAUGCAUACAAACCAAUGUCUAACCACCAGCCAGCUAAAUGACGC